GAACGGCAGACCUCGAAGGGAAAAUCUAAAGUAUAUUUAAAUUUUAAGAAAAUUUAAGUGACGUCUAUUUUUCAAUUUUUACAGAAGACUCGUUGCAGUUCAUUGCACUAUAUUGUCAUUCUGAAACUUUUCCUAGAAUGAUUUUAUUGUUUUCAAGACCCAAAUAAGGACAACGGAUAUACCAUAACCACUGUACCUCUGAGAAAGCAGCGUUUAUUUUUCUUAUACCUAUGAAUUUUUCAAGAAGUUGACUAGACAUUUUAAUGACAAUUUGAUAUCGUACUGUCUAUUCAAACUUUAUCUCAAAAUGCGCAUUUAGGAAUGUGAGAAAACAUGCUAAGUUUUCUUAUUCUGGGGCGUCGCAUACAAAAGGAUCUUAAGAUAGAAUCAGUCGCUUUGUCUGUCAAGCAGCUUUGAGAGGACCUGCAUACUCAUCCACGGAACAUGGGCCACCCAGCCACCGCAGUCUUGGCACUGAUGGUCACGCUAACAAUGCCACAUGCAGGCCUCCUGUGUCCACACCCAUGUGCCUGCUACCAGCCCACAGAAGUGCACUGCACCUUCCGCUCCCUGCUGACUGUGCCCAGCGGUCUUCCCAGCCACGUGGAGCGCAUAAACCUGGGGUUUAACACUAUUAACAGACUUACCGAAAGUUCAUUUUCUGGACUAAGAAAAUUGGAGCUUCUUAUGAUUCAUGGAAAUUAUCUGCAUAGCAUACCCAGUUCUACAUUUCGGGACCUGGUAUCCCUGCAGGUGCUGAAGAUGAGCUACAAUAAGCUUAGAGUGAUCACAGGACACACCCUUUUUGGGCUUUCAGGGUUGAUUAGACUGCACCUAGAUCACAACUGGAUUGAGUUCAUCCAACCAGAUGCCUUUAAUGGCAUGACAGCACUGCGCCUCGUUAACCUGGAGGGCAACCGCCUCCAGCAGCUCCACCCCUCUACCUUCGCCACAUUCUCUGUCCUGCAGCACUUCCACGUUUCCAGCCUCAGACACCUGUACCUGUCUGAUAACAUCCUCAGCACACUGCCCCACACAAUGUUCAGAACCAUGCCCCAGCUGGAGAGCUUGUUUCUGCACAGCAAUCCCUGGGCCUGCGACUGCAGGCUGCGCUGGUUCUUGGAAUGGACUUCUCAUUCCCCAGAUGUUUUGAAAUGUAAGAAGGAAAAAUCAGCCCCUGGGGAGCAGCUGUGUUCAGUGUGCUCCUCACCUAGGCAGCUAAGAGGCAAGGAAGCUUUGCAGCUGGAAGAUCUCAACUGCACAAGUCCCAGAAUCAUAUCACUCAAGAAGGGUGUGACAUCGGAGGACAACCAUGACGUUCUUUCACUAGAGCACUUCAAAGCUGCUUUUGGAAACAUCACUCUUAAUCUGACCGAUGAGCAUGGGCACAAAGUGGACCUACAUUGCAGUAUCAGUGAGCCCAGAGAGUCCAGCAAGAUCACAUGGAACCCAAUUAGCUCUUAUCGAAUCGGCACCAACCUGUCUCUCUUUCUAGAUCUUCAAUGCCCAAUGCAUAGAGAGAGCUAUGAAAAACUUUGGAAACUAAUUGCUUAUUACAGUGAAGUGCCUAUGCACCUGCAAAGAGAACUCAUGCUAACUAGGGAACCAAAAAGUUACCGAUACAGACAGGAUGUUGAAAAAAAUGGUUAUUAUUACACAGGGGUCAGUGCUAAUAUGAUGUCCCUGCCUGAGUGGCUCAUGCAGUCAAGUGUCAAAUUGCAACUGAACAGACUCCAGUCAACUUCUAGAAGUGUCAAGUUAAUUCUGAGUAUUGACUUCUCCGAGACAUUGGAAACAGAAGUGAUUCAACGGCAGAGGAGGAAUUGGGUCAUGAUAGAGCUCAAGAACACCACUAGAACUGCCCUGAGUGCUCUUGUGGGGGCUGUCACUGAAAUGGAUUGCACUGUACAGAGUUCUGGUGAUCCAGUUAUUCAGUGGAUGCUCCCAGAUGGUUCUAAAGUGACUGCACCUUACAACAGUGCAGACAACAGAGUCUCUUUGUCCAGCACAGGGAAGCUGCUAAUCAAAGCUGUGACCCACUCGGACUCUGGUGUGUACUACUGUAUCGCCAAGGUGAAAGAGGAUCUUGAUGUUCUGGCUUUCCGUCUCUCUGUGGAGGAGUCGUCAGAUCCAUUGCCAGGGGAUGUUGCUGGUUCUCCUGUAAACAGAUUUGUGAGCGAGUCGAUUUCCUUGCCUUGCAUCACCACUGGCACCCCAGAUGCUGACCUGAACUGGAUUCUGCCUGACAGAAAUAUUAUAAACUUUAAACUCAACUCUUCCAAGGCUGCUGUGUAUUUAAACGGCACUUUAUUUCUUCCCAAGAGUCACCUCACUGACAGUGGAUAUUACAAAUGUGUCGCUGUUAACCAGUAUGGCAGGGAUUCUCAGGCCACAAAGGUAAUUGUUACAAGCCGGUACACAGCACGGCCUCUUCGUAAAUUUCCCAUGAGGCCUCAGUCAGCCUCAGGUGUUUCUACUAAAAUAAAAGCCUUGGUAAGUGAUACUGAGGAGUCAUCCGGCGAUGAUGGUGUUCAAGAGAAAAAAUUCACCGGCCAAAUGGGCAAGCUGCAUCCGAGGAGAGGCCAGCAAAGUAGCACCCGAAGGCUGCCGCUGAUGAAUUCUGGGAGACUGCCCCACAGGCGGAGAAAACCAAUCCGCAAAGGUUUCCGUGUGGAGAAUGGAAAGAGUGUUAUUGAAUCGAGAAGAAAGGUCAAUAUGCCAAACAAAAAAAUAGACCCACAGCAGUGGGCUGACAUUUUGGCGAAGAUCCGUAAUAAAAUUGGCACUAAAAUGACGACGCCCAGCUCAAUUCAGGCCAGCACAGCUGCAACGAUACAGCAACCCGAAAGCUCUCCCUCGUCAAACAGUGAACCAUCAAAAAAUGACGAAAACUCACAGAGGUCCUCCACAGAUGAUGCAAGUUUGCUUGAGGAUAGACGCUAUCUAGUCACCACAUUGCAAAUUCCAGCCCAUCAAACUGAGAGCUUCCUAGGCAUAGAUGCUCCUAAUUCUGAAGACCAGACUGACAGCAUUUACCAAAUGUCUGCAUCCAAAACUAACAUUGACUCAGAUGCUGUCACAGCCAACACUCGUCUGAUUCAACCCACAUCUGGUCCUCGUGAGUCAAGUCUCACUGUGAGUGAUGUAAAUACUGAGGAGGAACACAACACAGGCAUUAUAAAAACCAGUAUGCAGUACAACUCACCAUUAGAGGAAAAUCACAGCAAAGCAAUGGAAACCAGCUCUGUAUUUACGGCUCCAAGCCUUCUUAUCAUAUCAGAGCAGCUUCUCGACAUUAGUACUGCAGAAACCUCUCAUACAGGUGGAUUAUCACCCACAGUUGAUGCCUAUUCUGGAAUAACCUCACAUAUCUAUGCAAAAGUUAAUGAUCACGUCAAAACCACAACAGAACCUAAAGUAACAGCAUCCUCCUCUCGCACUAAACUAAUGCUAAGUGGAAAUUUUUCUCAGAAAAUAUACUCUAAAUCUAUACUACACAAUCCUCAAAACCCGCGGAAUUCAAGGAGGAGAUACUGGAGCCGAAGAAGACCCAGCAGAAUCCAAGCACCACAAAAAACCCCAAAGCCAUCACUAGAAUUUUUUACAGCUGGACCAAAGCUGUGGACCAAAUCCCAUGGUGGAAGUGUCUCUUUAUCAACAGCCAGCACAACCAUAAUAUCACAGCUUCAAUCCGCAAGAUCUCAGGUGACAAUGACACCACCCAUAACUGCUGUCACCAAAGAUUUAAGUGUACAUGAAAUGUCAUCUAGCCAGGCAGAAAUCACGAGUACUGCUUACGAAGGCCAUGCUAACCCAGAACUGAAAAUCAUCAUUCCUUUCAACAGCAAAUCUGAAAUACAGGACUCAGCAUUAACCACUGAUUCGCACUAUGUAUUCACAAACGCGCAAAAUCAGAGUAUAAGCAAAUAUGACACAUCAACAGUAGCAACUCUAAGCUCAUCACCUGAUUACGAAGCAGUAUUGUUAACCAUCCCUAAUAGCGAUGUAACCAGUAUUGUUCCUGUGGAAAGCAAUUUUCUCGAUGAGAAUAAUCUAGAGACUGCAACUGGAGGCUUCACGGUUUCACUCAGCCCCCACUUCCCCACACAAGAUUUUCAGAUGAAGGCCAAUGGGCCACCAGAAAAUGGCCUUAUUAAUAUUAAGCAUGAAUCACAAGAUUCAGAAGAAACCACUGGGAACAAUGACUCACAUAUCAAGGGCCACAUAAAGCCAAAUAUAGUCAACAUAACCCAGGAUGAGAAGGAAUCCUUGCCAUACUUUCUCAUACCAACUAAGACGCCAGUAAUAUCAGGAAGCCCUGAACAAGGGUUUUUUCUGGCUGACACAACACCAGUCACUGUAAAGCUCGGUACUAACUGGAAACCUAAUCAUGUUACCCAAACAAGCAAACCCGUAUCAACAAAAAUUAAGGAAGGUUUACUAAGAAGAACAAUAUUGACAAGUAAUUCUGCCACAGUGACAUCAACACAAGCGGCUGCAACAGCUGUAAUAACAACAUCAGCAGUGAAAGUGAUGGAUUCCCCUGCACUGAGGCCAAGUGUAAAUUUGUCAAGUUCACCCCACAACAGAUUAAAAACUGAAAUAUCUCAUAGCUCACAAGGCAAUAGGGGUAAAUAUGUAUCUAUUAAGCACAAUGUUAUACUGCCUGAUAUCAACCAAAAGUACUCUAAUUCCUCAGACAUUACAAAUCCUCCCACCAUUAGUAGGCCUGAUGCAGACAGGAAGUUUAUUCAAACCACACCACUUUUCUCCAAUCCAACUGUUACUUCAGUAGAAUCUAAACCAUAUUCAGCAGGCAAUGCCAUAAAUACUAGUUCACAAUUAGAAAUCAUGCUCGAGGAGACAGUUACCGAUGCUCCUGCAACACAGUCACCUUUAAAAGGAAGCAUCCCUCAAUCUCAGCAAAACCCGGGUAGUGAAGCAGGGGCCCUAAUAUUCCCCAGUAUAGAGGCUCCUCCGAAUGUUCCUCAGUACCACACACCACCCUCUUUAGUGGCAUCCCAGGGAGCACAGCCCAGAAUUACAACCACUAAUGUCCACAGCGUUUCUGUGCAUGCUGAGAUGGAUGCUGCUUUGCCCUGUGAUGCAGCUGGAGAGCCCAAACCAUUCCUGAUGUGGACUAAGGUUUCCUCCGAAGCAAUGAUUACACUGAACAGUAAGAUUCCGAGAAUGGAGGUAAAGUCCAACGGGACACUUGUCAUUCGAAAUACCCAAGUUCACGAUCAUGGACAGUACCUCUGCACAGCCCAGAACCAGCACGGGGUGGACAAGAUGCUGGUCACUCUGAUGGUGCUGUCUCAGCGGCCUCGGAUUCUACAGCCACGCCAUCGUGAUGUGGUGGUGUAUCUGGGCAACAGCACAAGUCUGGACUGCCAGGCGAAGGGCAUCCCCAGCCCCAACAUCACCUGGGUGUUGCCAGAUAGGACAGUAUUACGCACUGCCUCCAGCUCCAAGCAGCACGUCUCGCUUUUGGCCAAUGGCACCUUGUAUAUCCAAUCCACUGCCUAUCCAGACCGAGGAGUUUACAAAUGCAUAGCGAGUAACGCAGCUGGGACUGACGUUCUUUCUGCACGUAUCCAUGUUACAGCCUUGCCACCCAUCAUCCAGCAACCACAUUAUGAGAACCUCACUCUCUCUGAGGGCCAGGUGGUCUACGUCCACUGCUCUGCCAAGGGUGCCCCCCAGCCCUCCAUCCGCUGGGUCACCUUCGAUGGUUCCCAUGUCCGCCCCUCACAGUUUGUGAACGGUAACCUCUUUGUUUUUCCCAAUGGAACCCUGUACAUUCGUAACCUCUCGCCCAAAGACAGUGGCAGGUACGAGUGCACAGCCUCUAAUAUGGUGGGAUCCUCCAAGAGGGGCAUCAACCUGCUUGUGAAAAAAGGCAUAUCUACAGCAAAAAUCACAUCCUCCUCUCCCAAACGGACGGAAGUCACUUAUGGGGGCCAGCUAUACCUUGACUGUGUUACUGUGGGGAACCCAAGUCCCAGAAUCUUAUGGAGGAUUCCAUCCAAGAAACUGGUGGAUUCUUAUUUCAGUUUUGAUCCUAGAAUUAACGUCUUCAGUAAUGGCACGCUUGCAAUCAAAGCAGUUACAGAGAAGGAUGAGGGAGACUACUUGUGUGUGGCCAGGAAUAAGAUGGGGGAUGACUACGUGUUGCUGAAGGUCAGCGUUGUGAUGAAGCCAGCAAAAAUAGAGUAUAAGCACUUGAGCAGUCGGAAGGUGUCAUAUGGUGGAGCGUUGAAAGUAGACUGUGUUGCCUCAGGCCUUCCCAACCCCGAGAUCAAGUGGGGCCUACCAGAUGGCACGUUGGUGAACAGUAUCAUGCAGGCCGAUGAUAGUGGCGUGCGGACAAGGAGGUACAUAGUCUUUGAUAAUGGCACCCUGUAUUUUAAUGACGUGGGGAUGAAGGAAGAGGGAGACUACACAUGCUAUGCUGAGAACCAGAUUGGGAAGGAUGAGAUGAAGAUCCAUGUUAAGGUAGUGGCAGACUCUCCCACAAUAAGGAACAAAAGCUAUGCUGUCAUCAGAGUUCCUUAUGGGGAUUCCAUCUCACUGGUAUGCCAUGCUAAAGGAGAACCAGCACCAAGCAUGACGUGGUAUUCUCCCACCAAUAACAUCAUCCCUUCCACUUCCAAUAAAUAUGAGGUUCACAACGAUGGCACACUUGUCAUUCAGAAAACCCAGAAGUAUGACAGCGGCAAUUAUACCUGCACUGCUCGGAAUGCUGCUGGACAUGACAAGAUGGUGGUAGGGCUUGAAGUCCUUGUUUCUUUGCCCACUAUCAAUGGCUACAAGGGGGUGGAGAACACAGUCAGUGAGACUGCUUUGAAGGACCAACGGAAACUUUUGCACUGCAAGGCUGAAGGGAUUCCCACUCCCCGUGUUAUUUGGGUUUUUCCUGAGAAUGUGGUCCUGCCUGCACCAUACCAUGGAAGCAGGAUGACGGUCCAUCAUAAUGGAACUUUAGACAUUCGGUCUCCAAAGAAGACGGAUUCGGUGCAGAUGAUUUGCAUUGCCCGCAAUGAGGGUGGAGAAGCUAAACUUGUUGUUCAACUGGAUGUUAAAGAUGUUGUUCAGAAACCACAGCUAAAGAAUCCACAAACUGAGAUUGUAUUCCUAACCCGUGGAACCUCAAUGAUUGUGAACUGCUCUGUUCAAGGACAUCCAAAUCCAGAAAUCACUUGGAUUCUUCCAAGUGGGUCCACCCUUCAAAGUGGCAUACGGUUCUCAAGAUUCUUCCACAAGCCUGAUGGAAGUUUACAUAUCAGCAGCCCUACAGAUCUUGAUGCAGGGAAAUAUCGCUGUGUGGGCAAGAACUCAGCUGGACAUAUUGAACGCACUGUCAUCCUACAGCUGGGAAAAAGGCCAGAAAUUAAUAAUAAACAUAGUCCUGUAGUGAGUAUCAUCAGCGGGGAGAACUUACAGCUCCAUUGCCUCUCCAGCGGAAAUACACUGGCCAAGCUGUCCUGGAUACUGCCCAGUGGCAUGGUUUUGACAAGGCCUCAGCAGGUGGAUCGUUACACAGUUUUACAGAAUGGAACCUUGGUGGUCCAGCAGGCUUCCGUGUAUGACAGGGGAACGUACUCCUGCAAGGUAGCCAAUGAGUUUGAGACUUCCUCGCUUACAGUACCUGUGAUUGUGAUCGCAUACCCACCCCGUAUCAUUAGUGGCCCUACCCCUGUGACAUAUGCCAGGCCUGGAGUUGCCAUCCAGCUUAACUGCAUGGUCAUUGGCAUCCCAAAAGCAGAGGUGUCAUGGGAGAUGCCAGAUAAGAUGCAGCUAAGAACUGGGAACCAGCCAAAACUCAUUGGCAACAAGUAUUUACACCCACUGGGUUCCCUAAUAAUACAGAACCCGUCAAGCAGAGACGUGGGCUAUUAUAAGUGUAUUGCCAAAAACAUCAUAGGAAGUGAUACCAAAACAACAUAUGUGCAUGUAUUCUGAUUAAGGAUUAUAACUUCCAUGUGAUAUAUGCCCAAGAAACUGCAUAGCUGAGUGUAGCAAAUACUGUUUAUGCAAAUAUACUGAGGACUAAAUCAUCCUCUUCAUUGAUCAUUAUGAGAGGUGAGGGUUUUAAAAUCAAGUCGUUUAUCAUAUCAGCUAAGUGGCGUUUUUGUCUAACAACAUGGCACUGGAAAAGUAAGUCGGAAGCUAUAAAGUCACUGCAGUGGUUUGUUUUAUAUGUAUUUGUAAAAAAAUGGAAGGUAUUUUCACACCCAUUAUUAUUAUUAUUAUUAUUAUUAUUAUUAUUAUUAUUAUUAUUAUUGUCAUCAUAGUGGUAUAGGAUUAAGAACAUUUUAUUUGAAUAUGAAAUGCAGCCCAUAAAAGGAAUCACCAUUAUAUGGUCUUUAUGUCUCAAAUAUUUUAUAGCAAAUGUCCAAACAUCCAUUCCCUGCAGAACCCUGUACGCCUUUUUCAGCUUACAUUUUCAGUGCCUUAGUGUAUGUAUUACGUAUAAUGCAUUAUUGUCCUUUAAUGUUCUUCAGUUUAUUAUUGCAUAUCAACUCUUUACUCAAGGACUUUGAAAGUUGAACAGUCCCCCCCUCCUUUUGGCAGUUUUGUUAUACACAAAUUAAUUAUCCGUUGUUUAUAACUAUACAUUUCUGACAAAUGUGCAAAUAUAGUAUUUUUGGUGAUAUAGAUGUUUGGGAAAAUCUUGCUAAUGAAGAACCCACUAGCUCUUUAGUUAAAAAAGAUAGACACUGGCCUUGUCCUUAUUGAAAUAUAAAGAAACUAUGUGUUAUCACACAUUAAGCUCAGUCUGAAUACAUGAAUCAGCUGUGGACGAUUUUUGUUAAAUUUCCUGUUUUUAUUGUGUGUUCAUUCUUCUAAAUUAUUUGCCUGAUGUAUAGUUCUGUUAGUAUGACAAGUUUGACUCUUGUAAUAAAGGCGUACACAUCAACUUGUUAUAUGACAAUUUGUUCUACUUUGUGUCAUCAGGUUUUUAUAAAUAAAAUUGUAAAUAAAUGAA